CUCCUCCCCAUAUAAAGGGAAAACGGAUGUCCUGGACAUCACUGCAACAUGGGUCUCCUAAUCGCAGCAAUAGUUGGAACGCUCGGAGCUGGUGGAGCCGUGGUCGCUGCCCCUUUCGUUCUGGGGGCCGUUGGAUUCACCGCGGCCGGAAUCACGGUGGGCUCAUAUGCUGCAGGCAUGAUGUCUGCAGCUGCCGUAGCGAACGGAGGGGCGGUGGCAGCGGGCACGACAGUGGCCGUGUUGCAGGCAGCAGGUGCGGCUGGACUGGGGGCCGCAGCUACUGCUGCAACUGCUACUGGAGGAGGAGCAGCGGCCGCUCUCCUGGCUCUUCUCUUCUAAAAUCAGCCGGAACUUAAUAAAUAUGCUCUCCUCUUAUCCAACCGAUUUGUUGAUUCGUUAUUUGCAUUAGGCUACAUAAUGGCAUUAAAAAUAUAUAUAUCCCCAUUUCCCUUAGCAAUCCUUGCUAACAGUGGAAUAGGGCUAGUGUAUCGUUUUAAGAAUGUCAGUUGAUUUUGUUAAACUAAAUUCUGGAGCGAAAUUUGUUCCUCGUUGAUUGUGCUUAUGCAAUGUAGCCAUCUAAAAAAUUCAAUAAAAACAUUACAGCAUA